AUGGAAGGAGGAACUGACAGGCCUAAUAACAGAAAGGAGGCAUGUCCAUGCUGCAAGAAGGAGCACCAGUUGGAAACCUGUUUCAAGCUAAGGGACUUGCCUCAGAAGGAGAGAUUUAUCUUCCUAAAGAAGAGUGGCAUCUGUUUUAAUUGCCUUAAGAAGGCACACCUAGCAAGGAACUGUCCCUCAGACUCGACCUGUAUGAAAGAAGGGUGCAGUCUAAAAUGGAAACACCACACAUGGUUGCACUUUGAAAGGAAGGAAAGCCCCAACCAGAAGAACAAUGAAGACAGCCCAAGUCAGCAGAACGGGGCCGGAGUGACAACUGGUGUGGAAUGCCAUACAAUUAGAGGAAGAGCUGACGUACGCUUAAGAGUACUUCCUGUGAAGGUGCGUCAUGGAGCCAAGGAGGUUACGACUUGGGCACUCCUUGAUGAAGGAAGUGAUACGUCCCUUUGUGAAAAGAGACUUGCAGAGGAACUGGGAAUUGUCGGAGUCAACAAGGAAUUCAGGUUGACUACAAUCAAUGGAGUGAACACUCCAAGGAAAGGAAUGGAAGUUAGCAUGACCAUUCAAGGCUUGCAAGAAGACACUAAGAUCGAUGUGGACAGGAUGUGGACUGUUGAUGUUCUACCCAUAUCGUCCAGAAGUAUACCAUGUCAGGAAGAUGUCGAUAAGUGGCCUCAUCUUCAGGGCAUUCAACUAGUGACAGCAGGCCAAGCAAAGGUUCAGCUCCUGAUAGGAGGCGACACCCCAGAAGCAUUCUGGGUAGAGGAAGAAAGGAGGGGUCAAAAGAAAGAUCCCUAUGCGAUCAGAACGCCUUUGGGAUGGACGUUGAUUGGACCUGCAUCAAGCUCAAGUCACAGAAACUCGUACGGAAUUCACCACAUCUCAGCUGAGGAGCUUCAUAAUCAAGUGAAGCGGUUUUGGGAGAUGGACUCUGGUCCAGGAGAUGAAAGAGUUGGUGAAUCAGUGGAAGAUGUGAAGGCUAGAACCAUCAUGGAGAAAACUGUGAAGUAUAUAGAUGGACACUUUGAGAUCGGUUUGCCAUGGCGUCAGUGUCCACCAGUGUUACCCAACAACAGACAGCAAGCAGGUUCGAGACUGCAGAGCCUGAAGAAGCGGCUACAGAAGAAUGGUUCCCUUCACCAGAAGUAUUCCUCUGUUAUGGGGGAUUAUAUAAGAAAAGGAUUUGCCUGCAAGGUUGGCGAAGGCAGAGAGCCAGUAGGGCGUGUGUGGUACCUGCCACACCACCCAGUAAUUAAUCCGCUGAAGCCAGAUAAGCUACGGAUAGUUUAUGACUGUGCUGCUGAGUUUCAAGGGACUUCAUUGAACAGCCAGUUACUCCAGGGUCCAGACUACACUAACAAGCUGGUUGGUGUACUGCUGCGUUUCCGGCAAGACAAGAUAGCCCUCGCUAGUGACAUCGAAGGAAUGUUUCACCAAGUGAGAGUUUCACCACAGGAUAUCGAUGCACUGAGGUUCCUAUGGUGGGAGGAAGGAGACUUGGAGAAGCCCCCUGUAGAGUAUCAGAUGUUGGUACACUUGUUUGGGGCAACAUCGUCGCCAAGCUGUGCUGGCUUUGCGAUUAACAAGACAGUGCAAGACAACAAGAGAGACUUUGAUGAAGGAGUAGCUGAGACAGUGUUGGACAAUUUCUAUGUGGAUGACUGUCUCAAGUCAGUUUCCACGAGAGAAGAGGCCAAGAAGCUCAUCCCUCAGUUGAAUGAGCUACUAAGAAGAGGUGGAUUUAGACUAACCAAGUGGGUUAGUAACGACAAGGAAGUCCUGUCUACAGUAGAGACAUCAGAAAGGGCAGCCUCUGUCGUUGAUUUAGACUUAGACCACUUACCGAUUGAGAGGACGCUUGGGAUCAUGUGGAACAUGGAGACAGACACAUUUAGCUUCAAGGUUAAACCCAAGGAAGUUCCAGCUACAAGAAGAGGGAUCCUAUCUUCAAUGAGUUCCCUCUAUGACCCGUUAGGAUUCGUCGCUCCAUUCAUAGUAACUGCCAAGAUACUUCUUCAAGAUUUGUGUGCCCAAGGCAAAGGUUGGGAUGAAGAAGUGGGCCAGGAGGAAUUACAGCGAUGGGAGAAGUGGUUGGCUGAAAUUCCAGAAUUAACAUCCAUCAACAUUGAGCGCUGUUACAAGCCAACAGACUUUGAAGGUUUUACCAAUGAGCUACACAUAUUUUGUGAUGGUUCAGAGCGAGCCUACGCAGCAUGUGCGUACUUGAGGAUCGUGGGUAAGGAAGGACAGAUUCACACUGCCUUUGUGAUGGGAAAGACCAGACUCUGUCCAUUAAAGAAGAUGACCAUACCGCGACUAGAGUUGUCAGCAGCAGUAUUGGCUGUUCAACUGUACCAAAUCAUUCAGGAAGAACUCAGAAUACCAAUUGACCGUGUGACAUACUGGACAGAUUCAACAUCGGUCCUGCUCUACAUCAGCAAUGAGAGUCGCAGGUUUCGUACCUUUGUGGCCAACAGGGUUGCGAAGAUCCACAAGAUCAGUGACAAACGACAGUGGAGACACGUCGACACCCUCAGGAACUCAGCAGAUGAUGGUUCACGGGGUAUCCCUGCAAGAAGCCUGGAUAGAUGGCUUACAGGACCUGAGUUCUUGUUACAAGAAAAGGAAGUCUGGCCGGAAGAUCCAGCAAGUUUGAAGAAGGAAGAUGUACCAGAACUUGAUCUUCAGAAUGACAGUGAGGUGAAGAAAACUCAUGUCUACGCUACCAGCUCACAUGACGAGAUAGAUGAUCUAAUGACAAGGUACUCAUCAUGGGAUCGUCUGAAGCGAGGAAUUGCAUGGCUACUACGGUACAAGCAAUACUUGCGGUCCAAAGGAACGGGCAACUUGGCAGAAAGAGGAAGCUUGACAGUUCAGGAAUUGAACAAUGCAGAGGUAGAAGUGAUCAAACACGUAUAG